CCGCCGGCCGGCGGAAGCGUCUUAUUAAAUCCUUCUGGCGUCACAUUCGGACGAGGCGGGAGUUCUCACGGUAUGGAAUAAGGCAGCGACUGAAACGCAGUUUAUGUUAAGCGUCGGAUUAAUCGAGAAGGAUGUGAAUGGAGACGCUCUGUGGGUGUGGUGCUUCCCCUCCGUGGACUCAGACCUGAGACGAGUCCUGCUCAGCAAGAGCUGCCUGACGCAGGACGGCCGGGACCUCCACGCCUUCGUGUUCGGCCAGUUCCGGCGCACCUGGUACUACGUCACCACGGCGGAGGUGCAGGAGCCGACCGCGCUGACCAAGGUCACUCACUUUUCAAUAGUUGUCACAGCGAAAGACUUCAACCCUGAGAAGUACGCUGCGCUGAGUCGAGUACUCUGCAGGAUGUACAGCAUCCACGGCAGCCCGGUGGAGAUGAUGGAGGCCUACGUCACGGUGCUGACUCAAGGCGUCUGCCACAGUGAUGAGAACGGAUCAUUUCUAAUUCAGGACUACGACGUUCGGAAAGCGUACCUGGCCGGCUCAGUCAAAGAUGUGGUGUCUCGGUUCGGGAUGGAGACCGUCGUCCUCUACACCGCGCUCAUGCUGAAGAAGAGGAUCGUCGUCCAUCACCCGCGGAUUGAGGCGCUGUUGGAGUUCACGAGAGCUCUGCCCACGCUGACGUGGCACAGGAAGGACUGGUCGGUGCUGCACCCCUUCGUGCACCUGGCCCACGCCGAGCUAGAGGACCUGAAGAAGUGCCCCGGAUACGUGGCAGGUUUUAUCGAUCCGGAGGUGAGCAACAGGUCGGAUGUGUUUGACGUGUACGUGAACCUCCCAGACGGCGUCAUCACGGUGUCCCAGAGCGCCAAAGAGUCCAUGUCCAUGGGGAAGCUGCACAAGGACGUCGGCCUCCUCAUCGUCCAGUCUGCAGAGGACGAUGAGAGGUCAGAGACUCAGGUCAUCAAGGACAUCUCGGUGAAGACCAGAGAGAUCCUGGACAGCCUGGUGGCGCUGGCCGAGCCGUGCGGAGACUCCAAGCUCACCCUGCAGGCCCUGCAGCAGCACCGCCUCCCCCCGGCCACGGAGAGCUUCCUGUUCCACCUGGCGGCUGCCGAGCAGCUGCUCCGGGUCUGAAGCCCGGCUCGCCGGACGGACUCCGGCUGCGGUGGUUCCUGCAGUCUGGGGGGCCGCUGCUGCCUCACAGGAAGCUUCUCCACGGGGGGGAGGAGUCUCCUCAUUCCUCUGCUUCGCCAUCUUUGUCUUGAGCCCAUGAGCCUCAGCGCUGGCGGCCAUGCAGCGUCAUCACGGCGCUCUACAGAAACACCUUGGUAUUAAUCCGCUGAUGAAAAUAGGACCCGGCAAGUGUUUGAGAUCACGGUGCCCAGAUGUUUUUAGAAAGGGCCUUUUUUAAUCAAAGUAUAUAUUCAUGAUAAGUUUAAGUCUGCGAGCAGAGACGUGUUGGUGGCAGCCAGAGACGCAUGAGACGCCUUCUCCAGGAGCCAAUCAGGAGCCACUUAGUCUGUGAAGUGGAGACAAAUCAAGCGGGUACCUUUUCACUUGGUACACCUGAUAGUGCUUUCUAGAUGGACGCUCCCACUCCAGUGCAACGCGUCACACACAUCAUACAUCCAUAAUACGUGAACACAUGCAUGCAACAUGCAGCUGUUUCAAUGAGUUAGAAACUCUUCUUCAUGGUUUUUAUUUCUCAGCUGCGCUCGACACAGUUGACGUUUAUUCCAGGUUUAAAUGUCUUUUAGUAUUUCACUAACUGACUUGAUAGUAGAACUAGGUGAUUGUAGAACGAGCUGUUCAUCCAAUAACAAAUCGGUGCUUCCAUGUCCA